GGAGGACCUGGAGAGACCCCGAGACGUCUCGGUCCCAGUGUGGCUGUGUAGCUCCUGCAGCUGACUCUGCCCUGUUGGGCAGGGAAAGGUGGGAUAACCCUGAGGGGCUCCGAGCCUGGGUUUCCUCCAUGAGGCCCCACUGAGGGGGCUGCUCAAAUCAACGACAGAAACUCGACACCUCCGGGCUUGGGAGCCUCUUUCUCCUCCCUCCCCGGACGCUUAUAAACCUCAGCCCUGUGGCUCCUGCUCGCUGCACCCUAUCUCCUUGCCCCGGUCAGCCCCUUGAGGACAUCAGCUCAGCACCAGGGUCCUAAUGGCAGCCGAGCCAUUGACUGAGCUGGAGGCUGCCAUCGAGACAGUGGUCACCACCUUCUUCACCUUUGCAGGGCGGGAGGGCCGGAAGGGCAGCCUCAGCAUCGAUGAAUUUAAGGAACUGGUCACUCAGCAGUUGCCUCACCUGCUCAAGGAGGUGGGCUCCCUAGAUGAGAAGAUGAAGAGCUUGGAUGUGAAUCAGGACUCGGAGCUCAAAUUCAAUGAGUACUGGAGGCUGAUUGGGGAGCUGGCCAAGGAGAUCAGGAAGGAGAAGGCCCUGGAGUCCCAGAAGAAGUAAAGCCAGCUGGGGAUGGGGUUGGGUAGGGCAGGGCCUGGCAGGGCCAGGUAGAGCCUACUCCCUGCAAAUAAAGCUUCCCCCUUGAAACACAAAA